GAGGGUUCUGCUCUCCUGCACCCGGACAGCAGAUCUCACCCGAAGUCCUUAGAGAAAAGCGCCUGGAGGGCCUUCAAGGAAUCCCAAUGCCACCACAUGCUUAAACAUCUCCACAAUGGUGCUCGGAUCACAGUGCAGAUGCCACCCACAAUCGAGGGGCACUGGGUCUCCACGGGGUGUGAAGUAAGGUCAGGCCCAGAGUUCAUAACAAGAUCUUACAGAUUCUACCACAAUAACACCUUCAAAGCCUACCAGUUUUACUAUGGUGGCAACCGCUGCACAAAUCCCACCUAUACGCUUGUCGUCCGCGGCAAGAUCCGUCUGCGCCAAGCUUCCUGGAUCAUCCGAGGGGGCACAGAAGCUGACUACCAGCUGCACCACGUCCAGGUUAUCUGCCACACCGAAGCCACUGCCGAGAGGCUUAGCCAGCUGGUGAACCGCACAUGUCCUGGGUUUGUGCCAGCCGGGAGCCCCUGGGCACAGGAUGUCCCCCAUGACCUGUGGCAUGAGGAGAGUGGCUGUGAGUGCACCAGGGCUGUGAGUUUUGCCAUGCACGAGCUGCAGCUGAUCCGGGUGGAGAAGCAGUACUUGCACCACAACUUAGACCACCUCGUAGAGGAGCUCUUCUUAGGCGACAUCCACACAGAUGCCUCCCAGAGGAUGUUUUACCGGCCAUCAAGUUAUCAGCCACCCCUGCAAAAUGCCAAGAACCACGACCAUGCCUGCAUUGCCUGUCGCAUUAUCUACCGAUCAGAUGAAUUCCAUCCACCAAUCCUGCCCCCGAAGGCUGACCUGACCAUCGGCCUGCACGGGGAGUGGGUGAGCCAGCGCUGUGAGGUGCGCCCUGAGGUCCUCUUCCUUACCCGCCACUUCAUCUUCCAUGACAACAAUAACACGUGGGAGGGCCACUACUACCACUACUCCGACCCCAUCUGCAAGCACCCAACCUUCAGCAUCUAUGCCAGGGGUCGUUACAGCCGGGGUAUGCACUCCGCCCGUGUCAUGGGAGGCACUGAAUUUGUGUUCAAAGUGAACCACAUGAAGGUCACCCCCAUGGAUGCAGCCACAGCCUCACUUCUCAAUGUCUUCAGUGGGAAUGAGUGUGGGGCCGAGGGCUCCUGGAAGGUGGGUGUCCAGCAGGAUGUAACACACACCAAUGGCUGUGUGGCCUUAGGCAUCAAGCUGCCUCACACGGAGUACGAGAUCUUCAAGAUGGAGCAGGAUGCCCAGGGCAGAUACCUCUUAUUCAAUGGCCAGAGGCCCAGUGAUGGGUCCAGUCCUGACAGGCCAGAGAAGAGAGCCACAUCUUACCAGAUGCCCUUGAUUCAGUGCGCUUCCUCUGUACCCAGGGCUGAGGACUUGACUGAGGAACACAGACCCCACCAGUAUGGGAGUGGGGUCCCCCAAAGCAGUAGCUUCCCUACCUUCCUUACUGUGAUCGCCUGCCUUUGGACGAUGCUGAAUUGGAACAUCCUCAGAUAG